AUGGUCCCGGUUGUGCGAAUCCCAGUAUGUUCACCAGAACUAGUCCCACAUGCUUUGAACGCAGGCGCAGGAGGAGUGAUCAUGCCUCACGUACAAAAUGCGAAGCAGGCUGAGGACUUGGUUCGACUGUCAAGAUUUCCGCCAACGGGAGAUCGAAGCUAUCCUCCUGCUGCCUUGAUCAACGAACAUCAACAUAAAACACCAGAAGGUCAAACGACGUAUGAUGUCUGGAAUAACCAUGCCGCUGUGAUCUGUCAGAUUGAGGACCUGGAAGGUUUGGAGAAUAUUGAGGAAAUCUGCAGGGUUCCCGGCGUUGAUGGACUAUUUAUUGGCACAGGUGAUUUGCGACUAUGUAUGGGAAUGGCUACAGGGAGUCUUGAUGGCGAUGAGCCUGCUUUCGUGUCGGCCCUUGAGAAGAUACGAGACGCGGCCAAGGCCAACGGCCUGCCCAUGAUGGGAUUCGGCAUAUCUCACUCUACAAUGAAGAGCAGGAUAGAUAUGGGAUGGAAUGCGUUUAUUAUUCAUGGGGACAUUACGGCGAUAUGUCAGUCUGCGAUUCAGACGCUGGAUUCAUACAGUAGCGUCGCUCGUCGCAUAGUUUCCAAUGGCCAUAAGAAUGGUGAAAGUGGGAAUGGAGAAUAUCGAAAUGGUACGAAGAGGGAGUGGAAGGAUGAUUAG